AUGGAUAAAUCUUUACAACAGAAUGAGGUUACAUGCCCCAAUCAAAAACACCAAGAUGUGUAUGACUGGAAUGUCGAUUGGUGGCAGAGAAUAACAUUGGGUGACACUGCAAGCUAUUGGUGUAAGUUAGGGUACAAGAAAACAGAUGGCGCUGAUAAGCUCACAUGCACCAGAGAUGGGUGGAGUCCAGAUCCACCUUGUCAAGAGAUCACAUGUGAUAAACCUGAGAUUGAAAAUGGUUAUGUGAUUGGAGAAAUCCACACGUACAAGGAAGAUGACAUCUUGGAUUUUGCAUGCAAUCCUAAAUAUAAACCCAGUGAAGAAAGAAAUUCAAAAUGCAUAAAACUAGGAAACACAGCAAACUGGAGCCCCACACCUGCAUGUGAACCAGUAAGAUGUGAACUGACGCUGCCGGCACUCAAAGGAACCACGUAUGACCCUGCUCACAGAAGUUUUUUUCCACCUGGUGCCACAGUAAGAGUCAUAUGUGGAGAGAAGUAUGGGAUUACUACCCGUCAGGACCCCUCAGCAGUGUCUACUUGCCAAGACAACGGACAGUGGGACAUCAGACCGAUAUGCCAGGAGGUUACAUGCCCCGAUCAAAAACACCGAGAUGUGUAUGACUGGAAUGUCGAUUGGUGGCAGACAAUAACAUUGGAUGACACUGCAAGCUAUAGGUGUAGGUCAGGGUACAAGAAAACAGAUGGCGCUGAUAAGCUCACAUGCACCAGAGAUGGGUGGAGUCCAGAUCCACCUUGUCAAGAAAUAAAAUGUGACAGAAUGGUUUUCCCGAAUGCAGACAUUAGCAACAAUUAUGAGCAGGAAUACAGAGAAAAUGGAAAGGCCUAUUAUGUCUGCAGGGGUGGUCAAUCACGUUUUACUCUUACCUGUACAGCAAAUGGUUGGGAGGGGCAACCCACUUGUGAAGAUACCAUAACAUGUCCCAAAGCUGAAAUUGAAAAUGGAUUUGGAAUUGUAAUAAGUGGAACACUGCACUAUGCCUGCGAAGAAGGUUAUAAGCUUGUCACUAAAGGCUGGUGGGGUGAAGCCAAAUGUGACAAGCGCAAGUGGUCUACAAUCCAAAAAUGCAUCGAUGAAAACAGUUGUGGAAAAGUGCCUAGUAUUACUAAUGGGAGAGUGAUCUAUGGAACUGAUAUGAAUCGAGAUUCCUUCCAGAUUGAAUCUAUCUUCGAGCCCUGUGAGGCCCCACCUAGAGUAGAGAAUGCAGUUGUUAGUGGUGCAUAUCAGAAGGAAUACUCGUCUGGCUCUACAGUAACUUAUCUGUGCCGCCAGAAGUAUACAAUGGAGGGAGAAGGCAUGAUUACAUGCACAAAUGGGCAUUGGGAUAAGGUGGACAUUAAUUGUACAUUGCACUGUCACAAGCCCGAAGAUGAGAUGGAUAUAAUGAGGGUCACCGAGGAUAAAGAAAGAUAUGUGCAUGAUGAUGUCAUUGAGUAUAGAUGUAUCUCACCUAGUGAAAAAGCUGGCAGGGCAACAUGUGUCAACGGCGAAUGGGAUAAACCAGUAACAUGUAAAGACACAUGCACAGUCACAGAUGUACUUGGCAAAGCAAAGCUUCACAAAUAUGUAGAAGGUGCACAACUAAGGGAAGGAGAAAAGUUAAGGUUUUAUUGCAACCUGCGUGGACACAUUCUUCAAGGGAAGGAAGAGGUCGAAUGUUUAGCAGACGGACAAUGGAGUGGUCCCUUCCCAACAUGUGGAGUUCCUUCGCGCUGUGGAAUACCACCUCGCCUUGCAAAUGGAUUCACCAAGACCACCACUAAACAUCACUAUGAGCAUGAUGAAAAAGUUGAAUACAUGUGUAAGAACCGCUACGUCAUGGAGGGCAAGCCUUUCAAAACCUGCAACAAUGGUGAAUGGGCUGGAGAGAUGAGAUGCCACCUUCCUGCAGGCUGUGAAAGACCACCUGUCCUUGCAAAUGGAGACACCACGACCAGUGCUAAACCUCGAUAUGAGCAUAAUGAAAGAGUUGAUUACAUAUGUCAGCGAUACUACAUCAUGGAGGGCGAGCCUUACCAAACCUGCAACAAUGGUGAAUGGACUGGAGAGAUAAAAUGCCUCAAACCCUGCACUGUGGAUAGAGAACUCCUGAUAGCACAUAAUCUUGAAUUCAGACAUAAAGGUGCAGAUAAAUUGUAUUCAGCCCAUGAUGAUGUAAUAGGGUUCCGGUGUGUCACAGGAACAAGACAUGACGGCAGAGUGAGAAUGCGUCAGAAGUGUAAUGAUGGUGUGGUGGACCUGCCAACUUGCCAUUAAGAGUUUUAGUCAGCUGGAAGUGUUAAACAUGAGCUGUCUGGACAAACAUGUAAAAGAUAAUCAGAGUUAAUUUUUUAAUGACAAAAUUAACAGUUGACAGUUGUGCACUGGUCCACUGUCUAUACUUCAGUUUUCAAUAUUAAUAAAACAUAUACAGUUUGUUCA